AUGGAUUGCAUCGAUAGGCAAAUUCAAUAUUUGAACGAAGAGGUCCGCGACCUUGAGUCGAAGCUUGAGGAAGUGGAGCGGCAAAUCGGCGAUAAAGCAAACAAGAAGCGCGCGCCGGUGCUAAAAGAACGCCGCGAACGACUGAUGAACGACAAGCGGCUCCUCUUAGCAGAGCGCAGAGCACUGGUCGAGAAAUUAUCGGGCGAGGCGGGAGCGUGCGCCAAUGUGCCAUCAGGCGCAGACACGGCUCUGGAGUUCUUCAGGGACGUGAUUCAGCCCCUGUACGGCAGCAUGUUCGCAUCCAAGCCGCCGCAGCAUCUGCAUCCGCUGCGGGCACCUCCAUCAGUGCUGCGGCAGCAUUCUGCACAACAUUUGAAAGCUGCAGCUGGUUGCUGA